UAUCCUUUGCUCGGUCAUCCUGUCUAACGACUCGGACAUCCAUGGUCUGCAAGAAGUGUGAAUCAAAACUGUCCAAGGUUGCCGCUCCAGAUCCGUUCACCUCCACAUCUCAAAGUGUAAAGGAUGGAUCACGAAGAGUAGGCGAGAACAAGCUACUAAGCCGACCCGGGAGCUCGAAGAACAGGUUUCAGCCAUAUCAAAGCAAAUGCAAGGAUUGUAAGCAGCCCGUGACGCAAAAUAAAGCAAAGUAUUGCCACGGUUGUGCAUAUAAGAAAGGCCUCUGCUCUAUCUGCGGCAAACAAAUAUUGGAUACGACUGGGUAUGUGAUGUCUAGCAAGUAAGUGAAACCCGGUGUGUUGUACUACAAGAUCAUACCACUGUAAUAUGAUAUUUAACAAUAAUGUCGCACCUGGUGUCUGGAACGUGAGCGCAAGGGCCAAUUCAGGACUAUCAAGAAGGUGCU